AUGGACUCCCGCCUUGCAUGUGACUCUGACUUGCCAAUGUCACCCACACUGCAUCAUGAGUGCACUCGUGUACCAGUGACGGCGCUGGCUGCCUGCGGCGCAUUGCUGAUUGCUGCAGAAGGUCCCUUUCUACGCUUUUAUCUUGCCAAGGACUCGCGAUAUUUGUCUUCGGUACGCAUCUUCAAAGCGCAAGCAAUACAUGGUAUAUGCGUUCUUGCGCAGGAUCAAGCCCAUGUCUCUAGACUGGUCAUCUGGGGAGGGAAAUUGGUCCGGAGUCUGGACGUUGACCUUGCGGGUGAACAUGGCCAAGAAGGGUUGAACUUGUGUGUAUCAAACAUCGCCAGAGCAUCUGAUUGGAUUCUUGAUCUUGCUCCUCGACCCAAAAGACUGGAAGACGAUAGACAAUAUACUACAGGCACGUGUGUCGCUGUCACUGCCCAUAAUGCAUUACUGCAAGUGACAGUCGAGAGCCAAAACCCCGACACAACUCCUCAAGAAAACGCUAUUCAUGUAACCAUCUCCGACUUGACUUCAAGCUCUCGGUCUAUACUUUACUCAGCCCACUUGUUCUGGGAAGGCUUGAACCGAGUUUUAGUUGCAGCUGGUACAGCGUUUGGUGAGAUCAUAUACUGGUCAUGGUCGGACGAAGACCCGGAUGAGCCUGCAUCUCGUAUCUGUCGUGUCUUUCUUGGUCAUGAAGGGUCAAUCUUUGGCGUCCAGAUCUCAGAAGAGCUCCCAACCGAAUGUUGCCAAAAGCUGAAGCGGGUAGUUGCAAGUUGCAGCGAUGACCGCACUAUAAGAAUCUGGGAUGUAUCUGAUGUAAACACUAAUUCCACGAAACCUGAAUCCGGGCGCGACGAUCUGGAAGCUUUGAGAACCCGUCAUACUGGCUUCAGCAACGAGGCUUUUGAUUCAGAAGAGUUCAACAGCUCAAAUUGUCUGGCCAUUGGUUGGGGCCAUCUCUCCCGGGUCUGGACAGUUCGUUUCCUCGAAGCGUCACCAUGUAAUGGAUCGCUUCUAUUGCAAUCAGCAGGCGAAGACGCCACAGCAAGGACGUGGGAACUCACACAAAAGUCUAAAGACAACCAAAGCUUUCCAUACCAACUGCAAGAACUUGACUGCUCUGCACACCACAGUGGAAAGAAUAUGUGGUCAUCAACCAUUUCCAAUAACUCUACAGGAGUACAUCAGGUCAUUGCUGGUGGUGCUGAUAGUAAGAUCACUGCCACUCCAUUGGGCCGUGCACUGCAAGUGCAGAAAAACACUGGCAAUACAAUCUCCGAGUACACCGUCCACGACAUAUUGUCAUGGACACAGUCUGUUGCUACUGGUUUGGCGAAAGAUAAGACAUUUGACAAUCAUAAGUCUUCCAAGAAAGCAGAAUUCUUUAGAAGCUAUUGCUUCAUAGACGAAACUACCUUUCUAGUCACCACGAACUCUGGAAAAGUACUCGUUGGAGCCCUAUUUUCCGGCGUCGAUUCGACUCAAUCUAGUCUUCUCUCCACCUCGACGUCUUUGGGCCAGCUGGAUGAUCUUUCGGGUUACUCUGUCUGCACGAGCGGUCCCCAGGCUGGCGUGGCGUUUGCUGCCGGAGCAAACGGUAGCAUCUACAUGUAUCGUAAAAGCGCCACAACAUUGACAAAGAUCCAUACCGUUGGCGGGAAAGUCGGACAAAUAUUUGCCGCUAAUGUGUCAGAUACUACUGAUCAGCAAACAACAGCUUUGCUUGUUACGUUGGUUGGACAAGGCGAAGCGCAAAUGCUGUACCUGGAUCCGACAUGCGACACGAACGUGUUGCGCGUCGUGAGUGUACCGAUAUCCGAUUCCUCGACUGGGAUUGCAAUCACGAGUAUGGCUCAUGUGGGGGCUGCUGGCCAAAACUUUGCUAUUCUUGGUUUCCGUCGCGGAUCAAUCGCAGUAUACGAAAUCUGCGACAGCGAAGAGGGGACAGGCCAGGCUACAUUGACCAAUGUUGUUGAAAACGCACACAAUGGCGAAACCGUUACUUCGAUUACAUGGGUCGCCUCGCCGAACAAAUCAACAGAAGGUCAAUUAUUCUCGGUUGGACGAGAUGGACGUCUGACUGUUCACCACAUCGACCUAUCCACCAGCUCAGUUGAACUCGUUCACGACCUUUCCCUGCCCUUUGGACCUAAUAUAGAAGGCCUUUACUUCCAAGAUAAUCGCCUCCUUGUACACGGUUUCUCAAGCAAGAGAUGGUACCUCUACGAUAUCACUGCCGAGGAGGAGAUCAUGAGCAUCGAUACAGGAGGCGCUCACAGGCGUUGGACAUUCCGUGCACAUUCAUCGUUGGGCGGUACUCUUGUAUGGACCAGAGCCUCCAGCAUGCAUAUUUCCAAUCAGAAAGGCUCUAACCAUACCGUGAUUCGCUCGGGAGGCCACGGUCGGGAGAUGAAAGCGAUUGCAGUUUCACCGAAAUCCAACCAUGGGUCUGAGAUUCCCCUCAUUGCUACUGGCGCCGAGGACACCGAUAUCAAGAUCUUCCAAUAUGUUGACGGAGAACUCACCUGUCGGAGGACACUUCGGAGGCAUACUACGGGUAUUCAGCACCUUCAGUGGUCCGAAAACGGAGAAUACCUUUGCAGUAGUGGCGGAUGUGAAGAGUUCUACAUAUGGCGGAUCCGGAAGUCACUGUCGUCUCCUCUCGAUAUUGGUGUAGUAUGCGAACACGUGUACAUGCCAGAGAGUGAGCAUGCGGAUUUGCGGAUCAUGUCUUUCGAUGUCGUCCUCAACGGAAGUGCACUUGUAAUCGCCAUGGUAUUUUCAGACUCGAGUAUCAAGGUAUACCGUUACGAUGCUGCCGCUGCUGUCAAAUGGCAGCCUCUUUUCAAGGGGCUGUAUUUUACGUCGUGCUUGUCACAAUGUAUCUUCCUUUCUGCAACGAGGAUUUUGACCGCUGGUACAGAUGGCCACGCGGUUAUAUGGCACCUACCACCAGCGACUGACUCAACGGUCGAAUUGACUUGGCAACAUCCAGCGAGGAUACAUCAGAACUCAUCAAAGGCGAUGAUAUCUCACUCUGUCAGCCCUGAUACUACUCUCAUUGUGUCCGGUGGGGAUGAUGGUAGUUUGGCAUUCAUCUUGGCACGACCUGCACCUGCACAUGCACCGACGUCGCCAGCCGCAUCGUACGCUUCACCGCCAACACUUCUAAAUCGCGCACACGCCUCUGCUGUCACCGCAUGCGCUAUAGUGACAAACCGAUCUCGCAUAUAUCUCAUCACAUCUGGGAACGACGAAUGGAUUAGACUCUGGGAAAUCGCGCUCCAGGAGGCUGGAUCGGAGCUCACCCCGGAAAGCGCGGAGGAGUCCAAGGAUGCAUUACAGAUACGGCGGCUGAGAAAAAUCAAGACAAACGUCGCAGAUGUGUCCAGCAUGGCUGUAUUAGAUGAGAGCAACGAUAUGGCACAUGCGAGAGUCCUAGUAUGUGGUGUAGGCAUGGAAGUCAUACGAGCAGACUGGGCUACGGAGGGGCUCGCGGAAGUCAACGAUUAG